ACUAUAAAAUUGAAGACCUAGGAAAUGUGGUAGGUCCAAGCUUUUGAGUCCCAAUGCACCAUUUUUUUCAUCUUCUUUACAAUAUCAUCUUGUUUCCAAUGCCAUAGCCGAGGACAAGAAAAAGCACUGACCCAACUCAUCUCAAGAUUUUGUAAACCAAAUACUAAGAAGCUGUUUAAUCAGCUAAACCAGCAUUUGACGAAGAACCCAUCUCUGGAACUGGUCCUUUUUUUUGUAUUUUAGGUUUGUUUCUGUGUCUUUUAUUGCCAAAACAAAAACCUGCGAUGUGUCCGGGUGCUGCUGAUACUGAAUCUCGAGGGAUUAUAAAUGGCGAAAAUUUGGUGUCGAAGGAUGCAGAUUAUGAUUAUGAUGAUGAUGAUGAUGAAGAGACAAUGAGAUCAAGAGGAGAAGCCAAAUUCUUGCAGAGACUUCUUCCUCGUUUGCCACUCACUUCAAAUCUCGGACAACUUCCAUUGAAUGACGUGGGUGAAGAGAUGUAUGCAUUAGGAAAGAUCGCGUGCCCAAUAGUUUUGACGACAAUGCUAUUAUACUCGAGGUCUGUUAUUUCAAUGCUCUUCUUGAGUCGCAUUGGAGAAAACGAGUUAGCAGGAGGUUCAUUAGCGCUUGGGUUCGCAAAUAUCACAGGAUUCUCAGUAAUGAAAGGCUUAGCAAUGGGUAUGGAUCCUAUAUGUGGUCAAGCCUAUGGAGCCAAGAGAUGGUCUCUUCUUAGCCAAACCUACCUUAAAACACUGAUUCUCCUUUUACUUGUGGCCAUACCUAUUAGCAUCUUAUGGCUAAAUGUGGAACCCAUUUUUCUAAGGUUAGGUCAGGAUCCGGAUAUCACUAACGUAGCCAAAGUUUACAUGGUUUUUUGCAUACCUGAAUUAUUAGCUCAAGCUGUACUUCAUCCUAUGAGAUCUUUUUUGAGAACUCAAGGACUCACAGCUCCUCUUACUGUCUCUGCUGUCAUUGCAGUUAUACUCCACACGCCGAUCAACUACUUUUUCGCAGUAUAUUUGAAGCUCGGCGUGAGAGGAGUUGCGUUAGCCCUUGCUUGUAAUACUGUAAAUAUGAAUAUAGGCUUGCUGAUUUAUGUAGCUGUGUCGAAAACACCGCUGAAGCCUUGGCAUGGUAUCACCGCUCCCUCGGUUUUUUAUGGCUGGCGGCCGUUGCUAUCGCUAGCGGUUCCUACUGUCGUCUCUGUAUGCUUGGAGUGGUGGUGGUAUGAGAUUAUGUUGUUUCUUUGCGGAUUACUUCCCAAUCCAAAAGCUAGUGUUGCAGCCACUGGUAUACUUAUUCAGACAGCAGGUUUAAUCUAUUCAUUCCCGUAUUCCCUAAGCUGCAGCUUAAGCACACGAGUAGGCCAUGCCUUGGGCGCUGGACAACCGACUCGUGCCAAAUUGAUAGCCGUAAUCGGGAUCCUCCUCGGGUUUACUGCUGGAUUCACAUCUGCUGUUUUUACAGCUGCUUGUCGUUCAUUCUGGGGGAAAAUGUACACCAAUGAGCCACAGAUUCUUGAGUUGAUCUCAACUGGACUUCCACUACUGGGGCUAUGUGAAAUCGGAAACUCUCCUCAAACAGCUGCGUGCGGAGUCUUAACAGGCACCGCACGUACUAAAGAUGGUGCUCGAAUAAAUUUGUAUGCUUUUUAUCUAGUGGGAUUGCCUGUUGCCAUUCUUCUUACGUUCAAACUUAAAAUGGGUUUCCAGGGGCUAUGGUUUGGGCUACUGGCAGCACAGAUGUGCUGUGUAUCUAUGAUGUUGUACAGUGUAUUUCAAACUGAUUGGAGGCAUCAGGCUAAAAGGGCUGAUGAGCUAACUUCAGCAGCAGGUGAGCGGAACGAUUUGGAAAAUGGCUUACUUUUGACUGAUCAAUGAGACUCCAGUAUCAAGUCUGUUCACAAGCAACUUCUAACAGAGUCAGAGCUAGACUAAAGAACAUAUAAAUGAAGUAAAAACAUUCUUUUUACAUGAUCGAUGUUACUGAUACAGAAAAAUUCUUUUGACAAAAAUAAACUCCAAACUACUAUGUUAUAGUUACUAAAUGAUUAAUUUUAAAUGUUUGGGAAAUGUAAACAUUCUCUCUAUCUCAGCCGAUCAUAGAGCUAUGUAAAUCAAGAUCAUUUAAGCACUACAAGUCUCAAUUCUUAUUCUACCACAUUCAGUACUCUAAUCCAAUC